AUACCAUCGUUUUGUUCAUUUCAGCAAAGUCGAUUACAAGCUCGCGACAAUUCGACAGAUUCACAUACCACAACUACGAAGCAUCUUAUCGAUCAACAAUCGUCUCAAUUACCACCACCAACAUGGCUACAUCUUCAGACCAACAUCAUGUUCUCAUCCUUGGUGCAGGUGUAGUCGGCCUGACAACCUCACUUGUCCUGUCUCACACCUACCCUAGCGCGAAAAUCACCGUGGUCGCGAAGCAUUUCCCAGGUGACCGAUCCAUAGAAUACACAUCACCAUGGGCAGGCGCAAACUGGUCUUCUAUGGCCCACGACAAUGGGCCCCUUGAACGAUAUGACGAGAUAACCUUCAAGCGUUUCGGUGAGCUUAUUGAUGGAAAGAACGUAUUUGGCUGUCAAUCGUCGAGAGCUGGUGAGACAGAAAGCAUAGACGGCGUCAAUGGCGGUGGUAAUGAGAACGGAAUUGGCCGCAUGAGUAUGUGGGCUGUUUUUGAUGCGUCAAUUGAAGAGACUGGGAUUCUGAGCGAGGGGACGGGGAAGGUGUGGUAUGAUCAACUUGUUGGUGGCCUGAGAACGUUGGCUGAGAACGAGUUACCCAAAAAUGCUGUGUUUGGAUUGGAGUUCCCACAAACAUAUCGGAUCAAUACGCAGGUAUAUCUGCAGUGGCUCCAGGCUCAAGCCUUGGCCAAAGGCGUAAAACUCGUUCGCCGCCAUUACACAUCUGUCUCGGCAGUUCUGACCGAUCAUCCUUCCACGACACUUCUCAUCAACUGCACCGGUCUCGGCUCCCUUAGACUAUCCGACAUCCGUGACACCAAUCUCUAUCCCACCCGCGGGCAAACGCUCCUCGUUGCCGAGCCGAAGAAACCGAUAACCCGAAUGUACGAAUUCGAGCGUGUCAAGUACCUUCGCUCCCCCAAACGAAUUGAUCCCACAACCACAUACGUCUUCCCGCGUCCCCUCGGCGGCGGUGUCAUCCUUGGUGGAAGUCGCCAAGACAACGACUGGAGCGAUGAGUGGGACGAGGAGCUCGGCCAGGAUAUCAUGAAGAGGUGCUGUGAGCUUUGCCCUGAGCUGGGGAAACCAGAAGAUUUACAGGUUAUUGCGAGAAAUAUUGGGUUGAGACGGGAAAAUAGGGUUGGGGAGGACUGUGUUGACCGGCUACCAGCUUCGCGUAUUGGUGGGCCAAGAAUCGAGACUGAGAAGGGGAAGUGGAGUGUUCCUGUUGUGCAUUGCUAUGGGCAUGCAGGAGCGGGGUAUCAGUCUUCAUGGGGGACUGCAGAGCGCGUGCUAGAGCUUGUUAAGCAGGCUCUAGAGCCUAGAGCUAAACUCUGA